AUGAACGCGCACAAGGAAUCGAAGCAGGCGCGUAUAAUCAACGCCAUGCUCCCCCCGCCCAGAACGGGCAACGCCGCCACUCGCCGGCCCGCCACCCCCCCUCAGCCCGAAAUCAUCGACCUGAUCAGCUCCGACGAAGAAGACGAAGCGCAGCCGGCUCCUACAGCUCAAGCGCGCACCGCCCCGCUCCGCACAACGUCCGCGCCCUCCGCGCUCCCCCUCGCCUCCACCCAACCCACACGCACAGUCCCAGUCCCCCCGCCCGCCGUGCUCCCGCUGAACCGCACCUACUCCCAGCCCGCCGGCCCCUCCACGCGCUCAGAAGCUCUAGGUCAAGAACGCUACUCUCUCCGGCGCACGCGUAAACCACUCGAGCAGGAGGAGAGGAGAGCGAGGCGCAGGCCUACGCGGGCCGAGCUCGAGAGGGCCUGGUCCGACGCCGCGGCGAGGGAGGGCGCGCGCGGGAUUAGGAUCGUCAAUGAGGUCGACGACGAGGAUAUUCCCAAUGUACCGGACGACUUUGAGUGGCUGGAGCGAAAGUACCAGUACCCGGGCGACUACGAAUCGCACGAGUCCGACCGCCGCCAGCCGUGUACGUGCUUCGGGCCGUGCAGCGCGCUGUCCCGCUGCGACUGCUUCGAUCUGUCGGACCUGGGCCCGUUCGGGCAGAGCGUGGCCGCGUAUACGAAGAGCGGAUACCUCCAGGACGGCCUCGCAUCGUCGCCCCUCCCGUUCCUCGUACACGAAUGCACCGACCGCUGCAGCUGCGCGCCGCACUGCCGCAACCGCCUCGCCCAAUCCCCGCGCGACGUCCCGCUCGAGAUCUUCAAGACGGCCGCGUGCGGCUGGGGCGUGCGCGCGCCGGUCGAUCUGCCGGGGGGCAAGGUGCUGGGCAUAUACACCGGGGACCUCUCACGACGCGACGAAUCCGACGACGAAGAAGACUACGACGGCCACUCCUCGCGCGACCCGUCCUCCGACGGCGCCGACACGUUCGACGGCGAGGGGAGCGGCGACAGCGACAGCGACGCCGAGCCCCGCGCAAAGCCGCCGAAGAAACAAAGGUUGUCGCGAAGCGAGGAGAAGCAGCUGCGCGAGAGCUACGAGUUUUUCCUGGACUGGGACGACGCGAGCACGUGGCUUGUGGGCGCGUAUCAGCGCGGCAACUGGACGCGGUUUAUUAACCACUGCUGCGAGCCGAACCUCCGCGUCUACAGCAUGACGUGCGAAACCGAUCCCAAAGCCACCCACCUGCCCUCCUACCUCGUCUUCGCGACCAAAACCCCCAUCCCGGCCGGCCGCGAGCUCACGUUCGACUACGACCCGCGCUACGCCGACCAGGAGGCCGUCAGCGUUCCGCGGAAGAAGCGGGCGAUGAUGCGCGAGGGGUGCCGGUGUGGGGCGGGGGCGCGGUGUCGGGGGUUUAUGCGGCUGCCUGUGUGA